AUGAAUGCAACUCAAAGCCCAGGCAGCCGAACGGCGCGUCCAACAAGACUUACGCCAGGAACAGCACUGAAGAGGCUACCGUGGCUGGACGGGAAGACCUCACAGUCGAUGUCUGGAACACCUCUCGACGACGAUUCUUCACCUACGACGCGUCCUUCCAAUCGCAAACCCUCCGUCUUUACUACCCCAAAGCGGACUGCUACAGCAUAUUCGACAGCGGAAUCGACUAGUCAACCUUCUAGGUCAGAAGGUGUUGUACGAAAGAAGCUUGUUUCGACACCAAUCGAGCAUCGAAUGCUAGCAACGGCGUCACCACUUGAGAGCAGCCCUUCACCAGUGACGAGGCACCGAAUGGCACAGAGCCUAAGAGGGUCCAUGGUCCCACAAGAAAUGUCUUACACUGACUCGAUCUCACGCGAGCCACGAAAGAGACUCUCAGUUGCAGACACUUUCGACCCUGGCGUGGACGAAGAGAUCAGAUACGAACGUCGUGCACGAGCAGACAGCUUGGCUCCGGUACCAGACCACCUCGAGAGAUCAUCUACGUCUGACUCGAUCGAACUACCUCUCCGGCGCGAUGUGAUUAUGACUACGACCACGCCGGUGGUAGUGUCUCGGGUGCUGAUCUCACCAUCUCGACCACGGCCAGGCCGCAAUGCUUUCGAGCGCAUAGGAGACAGGAGUAUCAGCAACGCAAUUGAUGGUCUGGAAGAUAUGGUACAAGAAGCCGUUCACAUCACCAAUGACACUGCAGACCAAGGUCAGGUUGAGGAAAUAUACGAGAUCAUCGAAGACGCGAGACAAGCUAUCCGCGAAGCUUCUGGUGAGCCUGCCAGGCAUCUCAUGAUCACAAGCUCACCGCUCUCGGCGUCCAAUUCAUCUCACGAGUGGGAGGACUACGGUGGAUACCCAAGGAGAAUGUUGCCGCCAACACCCGGACGGACACCGCCUUUACCUCUGACGAUUCAAAGAAACAUCAUCGAUGAACCGGCGGGAUUGGUGCCCUCGCAAGUGCAGAUCGACCUGCAACCAGGUUCAGCUUCCGUAGAUUGGGCUUACCAACCUCACAGAAAUCCAAUCAGCAGUACUUCGUCGUCGUCGCUUUCGACCAGCGACGGCCGGGGCCGCUCGAGGCUCAGCACUCGAAGUGACUUACUGCUCCCACCAGAUCCAACGCAAGCUGCAUCGAGAGAGCACAUCGACAUCGUGGUUCGGCCCAUGGCACGAGAUUAUUCUCGCGGCCGACCACACCGGCGCGUUGUCAGGAAAAGGGCUGUGUGCAGCCAGAAACCUCAUUGUCACCACCGUCUUCGAAGUCUAAGCCCAUCUGAUCGCGGGGCUAGGACAAGAUCUCUGUCAGGCCACAGGGAGUUUACAUCAUCAGAGUUAAGCCCUCCGGAGGAGUCUUUCGACGACGAGGUCCUUCCACCCCGACAGUAUGGCGAGACUCUUCGCGUGCGAGAGCAGGCACAUCAUACAUUCAGUGUCCGACAACACCACCGUAGACAGCCUAUUGCAAGGAAUUGGGGCACGGGCAAGAAGCGUUUGACUGCUAUCAUUGCGUGCAUCAACACUGCUCUGCUCGGCAUCAUCAUUGGAGUUUACGCAGGAGAAGUACCACGCAUUCAAUACUACCUCGCAGACGAGAGCCAUGUCUCCAUUCUCGGCAACGUGGUAUUGUACAUCGGACUCGCCAUCUCCACGUGUCUAGUUUGGCCACUGCCACUGCUGCAUGGCCGGAAGCCGUACAUAUUGGCCGCGUUGACUCUUGCCAUGCCGUUGCAGUUCCCACAGGCGAUGAUCCUGAGCGCCAAGAGAUCUCCGACACGGCAAGAGUUUCGAGCGGGUCUGCUUCUUGCUCGGGUAGCAACUGGACUUGUCCUCGGAUUCGCCAAUGUCAACUACAUCACGGUACUGCUCGACUUGUUUGGCGCGUCCCUGCAGAGCAAGAACCCACACCAAGAAUUCGUUGUGUCGAAUGAUGUGAGGCGACAUGGCGGAGGCAUGGGCUUGUGGCUCGGCAUAUGGUCCUGGUGCUGGAUUGCUUCGCUCGCUGUUGGGUUCAUGGUCGGCGCAGUCAUCAUCGAGAAUCUGAGUCCAGACUGGGGCUUCUACACGGUCAUCAUAUUACUCUGCGCAGCGCUGGUACUGAACAUUAUUGCGCCCGAGACUCGGCGUGCAGCGUACCGAAAGUCAGUAACAGAGGUGUACGAUCGCGACGAGAACUACAUCACGCGCCGAGUGGCACGUGGCGAAUGCAAAUUGCAUAUAUCAACAGAGGGCCCAAAGUACUGGUUCGAAGAAGUCUGGGCCGGGAUCAAGCUCAUGAUCAUGAUGAUGUGCCAGCCCGGCUUCUUCGUUCUGGCGCUGUACCUCGCCUGGAUCUAUGCGCAGGUCGUGCUCGUCAUCAUGCUUCUCGGCUCGCUGCUAUCGAGGAACUACAAGUGGCAGCCGCGCUUCGUGGGAGCCGGAGUUACAUCGAUUGCCAUCGGAGCCUUCCUGGCGCUUCCUUUAACCAAGGCUAGGAUCUUCUCUCGCGAACGGAAGAACUCCUUUCGAACGGACAGCAUGACGUUCCAGAAGCAAGUGACUUGGUCAUCGCACCUGGUUCGGCGUACGCUCUUUACGGUCGUGCUCCCACUGAUGGGCCUGGGCUACACCCUUUCCUCGGCAGGACGCCCAAGACCGUUCAUGGUUCCGAUCGUGUUUGCCGGUGCGCUGGGAUUCUUUAGCAUUCUCGCGAUCGCCGAAUGCCACGGCCUCAUCAUGGAGACGUUUGAUACGUGCGACUUGCAGCCUGGCGUCAACACGAAGCAUCGGCUGCAGUCGAUGGCAGUGCAAGACCGGCGCCGUCGAACAAACUACUCGUCUUUCCCUCGGGUGACGGCUGGCAUCUUUGCCUCUCAAACGUUGGCGUUUACGGGCGGGGCGAUAGCUACAGAGGUGGGCGGCAUCAUGACGCGGCGCCUGGAUGCUCAGACAUCGACUGGGGUGACGGCUGGGAUUCUACUGUUCCUGACCAUGGCGCUUACGCUCGUUCUUGUGCGGUUCAGAAGCGUGCAGGUGAUACCCAACCACACGUUUGGCACUCGACGCGACACGGCAGCGUGGGAGGAGUUUGGGCAGCUUGAGAAGAUGGGCAGAGGCAGCGACUGGAAAGCGGUGGUGAUUGGCAACCCGAGUGGGAAGAUGCGCAGGAUGAGCGUGCUGGAGCUGGGGGCACUGAGUCGCUGGACGGAGAUCCGGAAGCUCAACUUUUUGGUGAAGGGGCCGCGACUGGGCGAGGUGCGAGCUAAGACGUGGCGAGACAGCUGGUAG